CGCAAGUGUCGGCUGUUUGUAAAUAUUGACAAUUGACAUUGCAUGAGAAGUGGGAAGUCACAAUGAGCGAGGCAGAAGGGAAGAAAGAAGAGGCAGAAACAAAGAAAAUUAUCCAUACGUAUCCAUUAGUAAGGCACUGCGAUAUGAUUGACGAGAUGAGAGGAGAAGCAAUGGAACUUUGUGUAACAGCAUGUGAGAAGCAUGCUGCGAACAACGAAAUGGCUGCUCGCAUGAUUAAGGAGGCAAUGGAUAAAAAGUUUGGACCGUCUUGGCAUGCUGUUGUUGGUGAAGGCUAUGGCUUUGAAAUAUCUUAUGAGUGCAAGAAUCUUUUGUACAUGUUUUUUGGUGGUAAUGUUGGUGUCUGUGUUUGGAAAUGCUCUUGAAUCUCCAUAAU